AUGGCAACAGCUUCCCUGUGCAGAUUAUUCUUGAAUAUCUUCCCCUUUCUAUUCCUUCUGCUUGCCUCUUUAGUGUGUUCGCUCUCAUUUGAUCUUCCCAGUAUCGGUCCUGGUGAUGCAAAUGUGCGCAUCAAACUCGAAGGGAAUGCAUCUAUCACAGACCAGGGCAUCCAACUCACACCAAAUGAACCCGAAUUGGAGUUGAUGAGGAACAAAGCCAGUCGAGCAACGUAUGUGGAACCGUUGCACCUAUGGGACAGGGCUUCUGGAGAUUUAGCUGAUUUUACCACCAAUUUCAUUUUCACCAUCAGCUCAGAUGGUAGCAAUAAUGGCUAUGCUGAUGGACUAGCAUUUUUCUUGGCCAAUUUUUCCACUCCAUUGAAUGUAACUCUCACUCAGGGUGGCGGUCUUGGCCUUAUGAAUGAGACUCAAUCAACCCCGCCAGAUCCUUUCGUUGCUGUGGUGUUCGAUACGUUCUCACACCAGACCAAUCAAGCUCAGACGAAUGUGCGUAUCAACAUCAAUUCCAUGUUAGAACCUGUUACAAUCAAACCAUGGCUGAAUGAAAUUCCACUAGGGAUGUCCAAUACUGCUUCCAUAACUUAUAUUGCUAGUUCCAAGAUUCUCCAAGUUAAUUUUACAGGAUCCUGGAAAGGCAAUUACCAGACAGACAGCCUUAGCUAUAAGGUUGAUCUGACAAAAAUCUUGCCCGAAUUCGUUAGCGUUGGCUUCUCAGCUGCAACAGGAUGGUUCUUCGAGAAAAACACCGUCAGCUCGUGGCAGUUCGAUUCCACUCCACUGUGGCCGAACAAUGUUUCUGCCUCUCAAGCUCCAAAAAUAAGUCCUCCUCAACAACAAUACACGGUUCCUGCUCCAGGUCCCGGCACUAGCAUGGUCUCAAAAGGAAGAAAACUUAAGAAAGGACUAGUGAUAGCAGGAUCGAGUAUUGGUGUCCUGGUUUUCAUUGCAGUGCUGUCUAUAGCCAUCUCUGCCUAUUUUAAGAAGCGGGGAGCGAAAAGAAACAAUCAUCAGAUUAUUCUUGGAGCGGCAAUGGAGGGGGAAUUCGAAAUGGCUGGCUAUGGACCUAAGAAUUUCUCAUACAGUGAAUUGGCAUCUGCAACUGACAACUUCUCAGAGGAGCAUAAGCUGGGAGAAGGGGGGUUUGGUGGGGUUUAUAGUGGUUUCUUAAGGGACUUGAACUUGGAUGUGGCUGUGAAGAGAGUAUCUAGCCAGUCCAAACAAGGGAUUGAGGAAUACACAUCAGAAGUAAAGAUCAUCAGCCAAUUGAGACAUAGAAAUUUGGUGCCACUUCACGGUUGGUGUCAUGAGAAUGGGGAGCUAUUACUUGUUUAUGAAUACAUGCCAGGAGGCAGUUUAGACUCCCAUCUCUUCAAGAGAAAGUCACCUUUGAAUUGGAGGCUUAGGUAUAAAAUUGCACAAGGCUUAGCCUCAGCUUUGUCCUAUCUGCAUGAAGAUUGGGAACAAUGUGUGUUGCACAGGGACAUUAAGUCCAGUAAUGUCCUAUUGGAUUCAAGCUUCAACGCUAGACUUGGUGAUUUCGGGUUGGCCUGGUUGGUUGACCACGAACAAACACCCGAGAAAACCUACUUAGGAGGUACGCCAGGGUACGUAGCUCCAGAAUGUCACAUCACGUUCAAGACCAGCAAAGAGUCAGAUGUCUUCAGCUUCGGAGUGGUGGCACUGGAAAUAGCAUGCGGACGAAAAGCAAUUCUUGCCAACAAAAGAGAAGACAGGAAAAGCUUGGUGGAUUGGGUGUGGGAUUUAUACGGAAUGGGAAGGCUACUCGAAGCUGCAGAUCCUAAAUUAUGCGGAAACUUUGAAGAGCAGGAAAUGGAGCGACUAAUGAUUAUCGGGCUCUGGUGUGCUCACCCAGAUAGUAACUCUCGCCCCAAAAUAAGCCUAGCUUUACAUUGCCUGAAAUUCCAAGUGCAAUUGCCCAUCCUUCCAGAAAAGAUGCCCAAACCAGUUUACUCAUCAUCUCUUCCCAAUGCUCUAUCCUUUCCAGGUUCCCAUUUCUCUGGAAUCAAAAAUGUUGAGAUACAGGAGUUUGAAUACCCUUCCAGUUCCAGCCAAAACUCACGUUUCACUUCAUCUUCAGCGUCUGCAGGCUCUUCACUCCCGUAUACCAUCUGA